GCCCAUACAGCAUGGCGCCUGUUGUUCUUCGCAUCGAUAUGUCGGCGCCCAGCAAGCUCCGCUCUUCCAUAACACCUCCCAGUCAGAUGCUUGUUAUAUCAGGUAUUGCACCAGUUAGGUGUGCACCCACGAUUGUCACUGCUGUAUUUCCAGGUACAAGGGCUACAUCGAUGGGAAAGAACGGCCUGAAAUUCCACUUUUGAGCGGUCGAUGCUCCCGAGAGCGUCCAAGGGGUGGACUCUUUCCUGAUGUGACUCAGUCGAAACCGAUCGUUUCCAAGGAGCAGUAGACACUGAAAACGUUGCUUGAUCGUCUCGGGCGCUCCUGAAAUCUGUCUUUGCUGUUUGUCUUGAGUCAAAAGACCGAGCCGGGGUACUGAGCUGCCUUCAUACAUCCCCCAUGUCGACUGGAACACUCCCAAAACGCGCAGUCCUGAAUCCCCAGAAUCACACUUCUGCUUCCAUCCGGGCCGAAGAUUCCGAUUCCGAAUGGAUCCCUGUCAAUAGGGAGCCUCCCAAACGCAGCCACUCCCCGCUAUCUUAUCUACGCAUCCGCAAGAAGUCCAGCAGCAGCGACAGUGUCACAAAGAAUGCCAAAGAAGACAAGACGACGAAAGCGCUCCGGAAAACAUCGUCGACGGAAUCUUUUGUCGUGUACCGACCUCACCCCGCUCCUCCGGUACCGCCGUUACCCCAUGGUCCAACCACCAUUUCUCAUUCGCGGGGAUUUUCGGAAGUCGACACAGGCCAACGUCAGCCGAGACAGAUGGCCUCGCGCAGUCGCAUGAAUUCCGAGAAUGAUGCUGCUGCUGCAGGGAGCUCAGCUAUUAGUGUCAUUCCUCAAAAUGAAUCUAGCGCCGCUCAUCCAAUUGCUUCACAGCAGCACGGCAGGCCACCGAUUGCGUACUCACCGGAUGUGCUCUGGCCACGACCCCCGCAGUCAGACGACGAUCGGACGCGCGACUUCCUUCUGAACACCCAGUCGUUUCUUCCUCAGCCCUCGGCAUUCUUUGCUGCUGAUGUACUAGCCGCCGCAGCGUCCGACUCCAGCUCGAGCUUUGUUUUGUCCAAGGAUGCACUGGGCCCGGAUCCGCCACCGCCCGGGAAACAACCCCAUAUUCGGAAUCCUCCAUCAACUCAAAUACACCACCACCAUCUUGCCGAUGGAUUGGUGACUGCGCUGGAGAGCGACAAGGAGAAGAUCGCUGCGAAACUCGAGCCUCUUAUAACCGUUGGAAUGCAGAAUAUGUCCAAGGCGCAGACCGCCGUGGACGAAAUGAUGGCAACAGAGGCGUGGUCUGUGGUCAAGGAGAACGCGGAGACAGUGCUGGCCCCUGCCAAGGACGCUAUCAUGAUCAUGGACUCCGUGGUCAAAUACGUGCCGGUUCUCACCGUCGCUGAGUCUCUGUUCUCUGUGAUCGUCCAUCACGAGCUCGAAAAGAAGGAGAAUGACAAGAAUAUCCUUGUAGUGUAUCACACCAUGUCGCUGUUGUGGUUCACGCUGUGUGACGUGCAAAGACUCUUCCGUGCACACUACGCCAAGAGCGACCUGGAACAAUUCUUCCAGGAUCUGGAGAGGACGAUUCGGGAAUUCGGCAACUUCAGAGAGGUGUACUACAGGCACGCCCGGGCCGUUCGAUCCGCUCAAUACCGGUCCAAGCUGACGAACUUCACGUCGAGUUUCAAGGAGUACAAGGGUCGCCUGGACUCCAUCCUCCUGCAGACCGCGGCGAUGCAAGUCAACGACAUGUCCGCUGAUGUUCGGGGCGUAUCUUCCAGGCUGGAUGAGAUGAACCGAAAGCUGGACUCGUUCGUCCGGCUACUCGGGAGGCAGACCGGUGAAGAGCGCGAGAUGCAGAAGAAGAUCAGGGCGGCGGGAGGGGAGAAGGUGCUCGAGGAUCCCGCGUUUUUGCUUCGACUCGCGCAGGGCAAAGAGCUGCCGUCCCAUGUCUCAGAGACGCUAAGAACCACGUUGGACGAAGCUUUGAAAUCAAACCUCCCGGCUUUCACUAUGAAAAUCGAUAUCGCGGUGAAGGAAAUGACGGAAGCAGUCGAGCGUUCGACCGAAAAGAUCCUCAACCAGGCACGCCAGAACCGCUUCAGGCCGAGCCAUUCACUCGUCAAUUCAGGCAUGAAUUGGCGUAUGAGCUGUAAAGCACGGAAUUUUGUUGACGCCGUGCACAAUUACUUCGGGCAGAAGUUCGGGGAUCAUCGACAACGUCUUGGGAAAGCCCAUCCAGAUCAGUGGACGUUGGAUAUCCUGAACCAAGUCAUAUAUUACUCAAACAUCUCCGACGCAAUUGAUGAUGACGGGAACGGAUACAUCUCGGUCCAAGAGGUCAACCGCUUCUUCAAGGCUCGACCCGACGAAUUCUCUGCACCGCAGUGGCUUGCUUUCUGGGCUGUGGGAUGGAACCAAAACGCCUUGGAAUACAAAUCCCGCUGCGUGACAUUAUUCGCAGAAAUCGAGGCGACCGCUCGGAGGGUACACACGCACAACCGGGCACCCGUCAAAGCAUACAUCAAGAACAGUGGGAUUUCUGAGCUCUGGCUCCUCGUAGAGUCUCUCCAGCCCCAUUCUGUCGCACGAAGUCGCCAGGAGUCUCAUUUGUCGCUGGAAAGGCUGAGGGCGGAUAUGAUGGAGAAGGAGACAAAGCUGAUCGCCGGGCAGUUGGGCUCGAAAGCAAAGCACAUUCUAUGCCUCAUCGAUCUCGUUCUCACGCAACAUCUCCGGGUUUUGACUGCCGCGCACACACUGGUCCUUUCCGAGCGCGAAUUCGAGAUGAUGGCGACGGCGCUGACGAGUAUCGUCGCAGCGGUCAGCCAUCGGUAUCAGACGCUGAUCCAAACAUGGAAGCAACAGCGUCUGGACACCGAGUUUCUCGUCCGGUGCUUUGCUGGCGGCGUGUUCGGAGAGUGGAAUGCGGUCUUCAGAGAUCAACCUGUAAUCCGCAGUGAUGACUCGAGCUCUCCUGAGAUCUCGAAAUCGGGCUUUCCCACGACCAGAGCAGGGCCUAUGAGCCUGGACGAAGUGCUCGUUUUCCCGCUGCCCGAGCAGCCCUUUGCAUCACCUGAAAACCGGAUCGAGACGCCUCCUCGCGGUUUCACAAUGCCACAUCACAAUGCCAAACGAGGGUCCCAUUACUUUGAUCAGUUUGGAUUCCAGGAGGUGGCAGCGGACAAACGGGCUUCAAUUCUAGAGCCUAUCAGCCAGGUCCAUGUGAACUCUAAAAAGCUGAAGCUCGAGGACCGUAUGGCCAAUCUGGAGGGAGAGCUCGCAGAAAUCAAGAGCAUGAUUGGCAUACUGGUAAAUCUGCAUCAGGGAUCCGCUCCCUCGACCUAAAAUGACAUUGCUGCAAGGCAUGCUGAUGUGAGAUACUCAAAGGCUUGAGAAUAGAGCAAAUGUUUCACAAGUGUUUGUUGUCUUGCUUAGGGCAAAUAAAAGCUUCAGGCCUUAUAGUUAAACCUAUACUUCUUAUACACCAACUGCAUAAGUAUUAAGUACCGAAAAUAAUUUACAAGCUACUUCUAAGUGUCCCAA